AUGGAAUGGAGCAAUACAGAAGCGCUCGAGCAUUCUGAAUCAAAGGUACGUUCAUUCCACGAAAUUUUCACUGAUGGCUCUUGCCUCUUCCCUGACUGUCUAAGAAAAAAAAAGAAGGCGAGAUCAGUCGAUGGUAUUGUUUCUACAAUCUGUUACUGGGCGGGAUUGCGAGGUCUUGUUAAUCGUCUCCUGAAAUCGAUUCGAUCUGUCGCGGGUCUAUUGCUUCUCCUCUUCCUCUUCAUUCUUAUCUGCUCCCUCCUCGGAAUGCAGUGGUUUGGAGGUACCUUCAACUUCCCCAAUGUCAUCAAACCACGAAGCCACUUCGAUGGAGUUGCCCAAUCUAUGAUCACGGUCUUUCAGAUGCUGACCGGUGAGGAUUGGAACACCGUGAUGUACAACGGAAUGCGCGCCUACAAAUCUGAAGGUCCCUGGUUC